CCGAAACAAAAAGACUCAGAAUUUUUGAGUUCUGUAAUAGUAAUUUUGAAUCAGAAAAAAUUAGUGGGUACUUGCAAAAUGGAUUUACAAGAAAGUAUUGGUGCGUUUCGAAUAGUAAUUGACGAGUCUUAUAGGCCACUUCCUUCAGUUUAUCUUGCUUUACUUUUCAUUUGGUUAAUUUCUGGUUUUUCUUGGACUCUUAAUACCUUUAAAAACCGCCAUUUUCAGACGAGUAAUUUGGAGUGGACACUGGCAUCUGUGCCAUUGAUUAAAGCUUUGCAGCUCACGCUUUCAUUCCUCUUCUGGUACUCUUGCUUUUAUCAUGAAAUAUGCUCGCUGUGGUUAUCAUUCGGGGUUUAUAUAACCGGAGUGCUCUUUCAGACAGCUUCUUUUGUGUCAUUCCUGCUUAUUUCACAUGGUUACUGCAUUAUGUGUGAGCGCCUUUCAGUAACUGAGAGACGUGCUACAGCUGCACUUGGAUGUGUCUUUUACUUGACUCUCGUGGGGUAUAGAGCUUCUGUGCCGUAUUUCACAGUGCUGCUGCUGCUGAAUUAUUUGACUUCAUUCUAUCUGAUAUUCCACCAGAUAUCGCAAAAUCUAUCAAUGUUGAGGGAACAAUUAAACUUUGUAGAGGACGAGGAUGUUCGAGAUAUGCAUGAUGCAGUGUAUACAAAGUACUUAAUGUUCAAGAAAUUUCAGGGUGCAAUGCAAAUAGUUGUAAUGGCUGAAACUGUGAUUCACAUUAAUGUGGAUACGUCUUCAGAAAAUUAUUGGCUGCGGUUGUUACUUAAAGAAUGGGCGCAAUUCUGCAUAUUGCUGUACAUCGGGUGGACUUUUCGGUCUCAAGACUUGGCACCGCGUUUCUACGUGAUGCCGACUGUAAAAUCUAAAGGAGAGAUAAUGGCACCUCCAAUUUACCGUAUGGAAAUGGAUGCUGCAACUUUUAAAGAUUUCAAUUGUCGUCAAUGGCACAUCGGAGUGCCAAUUUCAUCUUCAUCAUCCUGUGAUAGAAGUUCCGAGGAGCCGAUCGUGGUGAUAAUUCAGCAUCCACAAAGAUUACCAGCUGCCAUUAUAUCUUCUCCUAGCCCAUAGCUUGCAUAAGCUAUAAUACUACCAUACAACAAAAGUUAUUACAGAUUUUGGUACAAAAAAGAAGAUCUAGCAGCAAUUGAUUUUUUCAAAAAACAAUUGUAGACAGGAAGAUGAACAUUUUAUAGAGAUAUAUAUAUAUAUAUAUCCUGUAAAGAACAGAAAAAAAAAUGUAUAUAUUUUUCUUUCAUCUUCAAAUUUAUUUCCACUUGUUUUGAUAUACUACAUUUUGAUUUAAA